CCCCCGCCGUGACGCCAGGCGCCGCCCGGUGCCGCGGCCCGCCUCUCAUUGUCAGCGGCCGGACCCGCAGCCCGAGCCCGAUCCCCGCGGGCUGCGGCUGCCCGAGUCGCGGCGCGGCUCCCCCAGCCUGGGUCGCCCCGGCGGCUGCCCGCGCGGACUGAGCGCGCCGCGGGCGGAGGCCGAGCGCGGCCGCUCCUGCUGCCCAGGGUGAGUUGCCUCUCUCCAGAGAAAGUGUAACAUUACAGGAAUACACAAAGUGUUAAGCACCCAGACUGAGCAAAGCUUCUACCUAAAAGGAAUAAAAAAUAAACAUGGCAGAAUUUACAGGUUAUAAGGAGACCUCAAAUCGGCAUCUACGAUUCAAAUUGCAGAGUCUUAGUCGUCGCCUUGAUGAACUGGAAGAAGCAACCAAAAAUCUCCAGAAAGCAGAAGAUGAGCUGCUUGACCUCCAGGACAAAGUUAUCCAGGCAGAGGGCAGCAAUUCCAGCAUGUUAGCUGACAUUGAAGCCCUACGGAAAAGAGUGCUAAAGAUUGAAGGCAAGGAUGAAGAAAUUAAGAAAGCUGAAGAGCUUUGCCGGUUAAUGAAAGAAAAACUUCAAGAGGAAGAGAGCCUCACCCGAGAACUGAAGUCAGAAAUUGAACACCUGCAAAGGAGAAUGGCAGAGCUGGAGAAACUGGAGGAGGCCUUUGGUAGGAGUAAGAAUGACUGCACACAGCUGUGUCUUAGCCUCAAUGAAGAAAAGAAUUUGACCAAAAAGAUAUCUACAGAAUUAGAAGUACUUCGAGUGAAAGUUAAAGAACUUGAAGCAUCCGAAGACAGGCUGGAUAAAACCGAGCAGAGCUUAACGGAUGAGUUAGAAAAACUGAAAUCUUUAGCACUAACCUUUAUCAGUGAAAGAAAACAUUUUAAUGAAAGAGAAAAGCAGAAUGAGAAAAUAAUCCAGGAGCUAACACAGAAACUAGAACAAAAUAAUAAACUAAAUAGGGCAGAUCAAACUAGAAAUGCAUCCAACUUGCUAGAAAGGUCAUCAAAUAAUCUCCUUGACAGAAAUGAUUUGAGAAUUGAAGAUGACUUGACUUCUGCAUUGCCUUCUAAAGAGACCAGAAGGAAGGGAAGUGUGGAUUACCUAAAACAUGUAGAAAAUGAAACCAGGAAUAAAUCAGAAAACCAAAAGAAUAAAAAUCAUGAAGACAACAAAGUGAAAGAUCUCACCCAAGAAAUUGAGAAACUUAAAACUCAGAUCAAACAUUUUGAAUCUUUAGAAGAAGAAUUGAAAAAAGUGAGAGCCAAAAACAAUGACUUGCAAGACAGUUACUUGAGUGAACAGAAUAAAAACAAACUCUUAACUGGUCAGUUAGAAGAAAUAAAAAUGCAAAUAAAGAAACAGAAAGAUCUGGAAAAUGGAGAGGUUGAAAAUGAAGAUACGAGCUUUUCUAGCAGGGGAAAACAUGACAGACCUAAAUACAGAGGUGUUGCAACAGAUUUAACAGCCACCAGGCACAAGCCAAGGGAGGUUUCACCUCAGCAGCGCCGGGAAAGAGUAAAGAACAGAGAUUUCUCUUUCAGUAACGACAGCUACAGCCAUGGUGGUAAGCAGGUACCCAGUCCGAGUUUAAUGAACAGAAAAGCAGGAAAAGCAUCCAGUGUGGAUGCUACUGCAACAGAUAUGAAAAGACUAGAAGAGAAAUCUUCAGUUUCCACUUUUUCAUGUGGUCAGAAGGAAGCCUCCAUCAUGCAGAAUGAGGGGAAAAGAUCAAAGGAGCAGCCAUCUGUCCUCAGUCGAUACCCUCCUGCUGCACAUGAGCAGAAAUCUUGGAAAACACCUUCUAAACCUGUUGGUGACACAGGUCUGAGAUCCAAGGCUGAAAAGCCAUCUCAGACACUCCGGGGCAAUUGCCAAACCAGCACUGACAUACGGGAUGACAAGUUGAGCAAAGGUGAAUUAGUGACUUCUUUACCCGAGAAGCUGAAAAUAAGCCAGGCAGAAGUUAGUGACAUCUUGGGGGACACACUGCUCCCCAGGGGUAAUUAUUCCUCUUCCAAUGGCAUGGCAUCAGCAUACAGGUACCACCUCUCUUCCCACACAUUGGCAUCAGAUUGCAUUGGCACUAAAACAGAAACAAUGAACAGCUUUGCAGCAUCACACAAGCAGCCCUUAGAGGGAAGGGCUAAAAAAGCAAUAAUAUACCAGGAAAGAGAAUUCACAGACAUGUCACUUGAAAACGCAAAACCUUCACUAACAAAGCGUUCACAUCACUCAAGGAGUCAAGAAGACGUUCUACAGAUUUUUACAGGUCCUGAUAAAGAAGACACAGAUCAGUCUUCACCUUCAGCAACAGAUCAUGUAAAUGCUGGCUUAAAAACAGACUCCGAAACCAUACAGAGUAGUCAUGACAAACGUAAUUCAGAUGAAGAAACAGGAAGAAGCAAAAAAACAUACACUCAAUCAGAUUUCGAGACAAGGAAGAAAGCCAAUUCCAAGCAGUUCUCCAAUUCCAGGGGAGUUUUUAGAGCAUCUCUCUUUGAAAAUGACAAAAACACUGUACAUGAUGAAGACUCCACCAAGUGUAUAAAACCAUCAGAUGCCAGCAAUGGAGGAUUUAAAUCCAGAAGGUCAUUCAGCCCAAGAGAAGCUCUGAGAUCAAAAGCCAUCAUUAAACCUGCAAUUGUUGAAAAGGACAUGAAGGCAGUCAUGGGAGGGACUACAUCUGAGGCAGAGUCAGAAAAACAGAAGUCUAGUUUUAAAAUGGUAACAAAUAAAAUGACAAGCAGCAUCACGAUCUUCCCCUCAGAGCCAACAGCUCCAAGGCUCAGUGCAGACAUAGCAGCAAAGGAGAAGCAUGUUACCACCAGCAAUGUCAGAGUUGCUCUGAAUGAACCCUCACCAAUAACUAACAAUCUCUCCCAACCCUUUGAGGUAUCAGUUAAUAGAAGUGCUCUGAAAUUAUCUGAGGCCGACAGAAUUGGAGAGACAGGUCUGAGAGGUAGAACAGAAACAGUGGUCUCCAGAAGCAGCAUUGUAAUAAAGACUACUGAACUUUCAGAGAAGAACAGUGAGUUGCCUUCAGAGACAAUCAGCUCAAAGAGCCAUGGCUCUUCAGAUGCAGUUUCGUCUGAAACAAAACAUGUGACUCUGAGAAGUUCAUGGAGAACAAGACAAGGCUUACAUUCUGUGGAGGACUCUCAAAUAAAAGUAGAGAAAAAUGUAGCUUCCAGUACUACAAACAAGUGCACGUCCUCAGUGGACCUCUCCGAAACAGAAGGGAACAGUGCACGAACAAACUCCUUGGAGCAGACCUCAGCAAGAACCAGUGUCACAGCUAAUUCCUGGAAUGCCCCUGAACUGGGGUCCCGAAGGACCAAAAGUAACUUAAGUGCAUCAGAACUGCUAACGCGCAGGAGCUACACCAGUGAUCCUACAGUGGCUUGUACAUGGCACCAAAUUACAUUACCUGAUGAAAACAAAGAUGUGCCCAGUUCCAGAAGAAAACAGUUUGGCUCUUCUGAGUACCUCUCACAGGCUGACACACCAGGGAAAAGGCCAGCCACCAAGCUGGAACUGCAGGAUGCCGAUUCCAACCCCUACCCACCACUGAGUCUCCAAUCAGAAGAACAGGGUGCCUCCCGUGCCUACCGGACAACGUCUAGGAGAUGAGUUGUACUCCCACCCAAUGAACAAACAGGAUAACAGAGCAAGAGACAGGAUUAUACCAACCUCACAGCUGUCACACCUGUUUUUUAACCUCUCCAGAGGCUUCAGACGGUCUAAAACCAGUUUUCUAAUGCGAUUUGUGAGGUACAGGACCUUUACCAGUGAUUUUUUUUCUUCAUUGCUGAAGAGGCAGCUGCAGAGACUUCACUCAGGGGACUCCCACUUCUCAUCUCUGUACCUGCAAUCUUAACCUUCUUCAUAAAACAGUAGAUCUGUCUCCAUAUGGAAACAUUGACUUGCCAUAGUCACUCUUUCAAACAGAAUGAUGGUACGACCUGGACAAGAGCGAACUUCUCAUUAUUCACCUGCAUUUAGACGAGAUGCAGGAAGUAUCCCUGCAACUGCAGUCCACCAGCCUGUGAAAGCUGUCCUACAGAGCUCCACAACUGGAAGCUUUCAGUUUCCAGUGAGAGCGCACAUUCUCCUUAAUACUUUGUAGGCUUGGGUUGUGGUCACCCCAGUACCUGUGUUCCUAGCAUGCUCUGUAGGCAGGAAAAAAACAUUCACUGGUUUUACACAAUAACAAGAAAGGAGAGCAGAAAAUGUUUAGAAACAGUUUCGUCCCCCAUUGCUCGCUCACGCUCUCCGCAAUAAGCUUUGUAUGACCCACUUAACCACCAGCUGAGCUCUUGCACUAAGUGAGCCACUGAGCCAAACCAACAUUAGUCACACAACAGCAAAACGUUCUCCAGGCUUGGACUAGGAUGCUCUUUUGCUCAAAACUUUGCGUCCAUUAUGCUGUACAGGCAACAACUCCACUGCUCACUCUAAGCCAUCGAGCUCCAAGGAACAAAGAAACAAGUGCUUUUCUUCUGGCUUGAGAAGCAGAAUGUCCUUGUUCCUUCCAAAGAUGGGGGAAAACAGCAGGAUUAGACCCUAAACUGAGCUCCAGUAAGGCUACUUAGGCAGCCUUUGUCUGUGCCCCUCUUCAGGACAUGCCCCUCCCCCCCCAUCAUCUGUAUCUGGGGACUGAGGUAUGGUCAGAGACUACAGAGGUACAGCUCCUUGUCAGUGCCCACAGGCCACUGACUGCAUCAGUUGGAGGAUUCAUCAAGAGGUGCUCAGGUAUUGGAACAGCAUCUGCCCUAAGCAAGGAGAUUGUACCUGGCUCACACACCAUAGGUCUACCGCUCCUUCCUUUACAUUCCUCCAGGGUUGGCCCAUGGCUUUCCGGUCUCGUACACAACCACCAUUGACUUCCUUCACUGGUUUCUUCUGCUUGUCAGAUACAGGUGCCCCUCUCCACAGAGGCAUGAGGAGGAUGAUACAGAAGGGAAAAACCUCUACUGUUUUGUAGGUGCUGGGGGAACAACUCAUCCAGCAGCUCCCACACCUGAGUUGCCUCCACAGUCAUUCCCACAUCUUAGCUUCCAGGUGAGCAGCUACCAUAGCAGCACAUGUACAGCUAUCCAUAUGUGCACAUCUAUAUGCUGCAUCACCUCCUUAUCUCUUGGAAUUAUAUGCCUCAAUUCUAAGAGGCAAAAGGAAAAAAAUGGAGCUGAUUGGAAAAUAUCUAUGAACUCAUAUAAGGAAAAUGUUUCAAUGACGUGUUUUUUUUUUUUUUUUUUUUUAAUAAAGUUUGGAGGAGGGAGAAAAAGAUUAUUUUUGAAAAAAGUUUCCCCGCAUAAAUUUUAGAUGUUUUUUCCCAAAUGUAUAUUUUUUGCAAUCCAUUUUAUUCUUUUAUAUUUCAUGACAUGUAUACAUGUUAAGUUGUAUAACGAGACAAAAAGAUAAUGCUUUUAACUUAGUACUGUGGCAUCUUUAAUAGUCUUAAAAUUAAAUUAUAUUAAAAUAAAUUAUAUCAGCUGCUAUCUCUUACCACUUCAUGACAUGGCAGUGAUAGUAAAAAAAAUGUAAUCUUUAUAAAUAUCAAGUAUUAAAAAAGAGCCAGAAAAAAAACCACAAACUCAAAAUCCAAGAAAGAAACUGAAAUUCUGCAAUUAAACUCAGAUUUCUGAGAUGCGUCUUUCCUCCCACCCCUGCAGUAUUUGUCAGGAAAUGCUGAAAAUGAGGUGCAUGUUUUGUAAUCUGACACCACUAUGGACUUUGUAACUUGUUUGUGAAAGAGCGAUACACACCCUGUUCAUCUUGGUUUGGUCAGACAUUGACUGUAAGACAGGAACCUCUCCCCUGGCAUUACUGGGAUUUGUUUGUUACUCAAGUGGUUUCAGUUUCCUUGCCUCCUCAUGCAAUCUUGCAGGAUUUCCACAGGUGAUGGCCAGCAUUGCAGGAUUUCCACAGCUGAUGCUCAGCUGUGCCACAUCCCACCCAUGCUUUCACAGGGCUGGCUUGCAAGGCUUUGCCAACCUCAUGAAGCCACAUUCUGGCUUUCUGCGCCUUCUUUUAAUGUUAAAGGAGGUUAAUUCCCUUCAAUAAAACAUACUGCCUCAUAUAAGAUGCCUAACAGGUCCUCCGUUGUUUACAUGGAAGACAGUGCUUCAAAAACCCCUCCAAGCCAGUGCAGUUGGUCUGUAGAGAGCAACCCGAACAUCUCCUGCAGUAAUUUUUUGAACCUUGCAAUUUGCAUUUAUGAGAAUAUACCUACCUCUUCAGCCAUCUGCAGUAAUUAUUUGUCUCAAUUUACAUUUCCAAAACUAUUUAGGAGCUGGUCAGCCAUAUGAUAUAAGACACAAUUAGAACUGCUGUGAAAGGCUGCUGCUGACUACCUGCUUGGCAUUGCAGUACUGUCCUAUAAAGCAGAGUUAGUUGUUAAGAUGUCACCUGUGACACUUAAGAUGUCUGUCCUGUGACACUGAUGCCAGAGACUCAGUUUAGUUUAAAAACAACCAACUAAAACAGUUGGACAGCACAUACACACUGAAGAGGAUGAGGAUUGCUUUGAGCAGCUAAUGUAUGGCUUUUCUCACAGUGACAACCCCAUCCUGCUGCAGGACAGUAGUCUACAUCUAAGAGGCUGCUCAGGUUCUCACCCAUCCACCAGCCCUCUCCUUCCCACACAGUCCUGGCAUGGCUGCAGUUUACCUUUGCGCUUCUGAAGCUCCAUCUGGGGGAACUGGUUUCAUUCCUGGCCAGCAGAGCUCUGCAUUGCUAUGUGACAUUCCAGGUUGACUCAGGCUUCCCUUGACCUAACUCACAAAAAUCUAGUUAGUAUGUUGUCUUUUCAGCCCCACAGCUCACCCCAAUAAUACAACUCCAUGUCUGGAAUGAGAAAAGAACAGCCACCAACAGCAAGAGUUGUUGGUUUCUCCCCUUCUGUCAGCCAGGGCUUGGCUUUCCCUUAUCCAAGAGCAACUGGAGGAGCUUUCCUUGCUGCUCAGCCAGAUCACACUGUGCAGGAGUCCCCCAGCUAUAGACCCAGGUCUUCUGGCACUGUCUGUUCUCCUCAGGUGCUUCUCACAAAUUACAUCUCACCUUUCUCCAGCUACCAUGGCUAAAGUCAGCCUCACUAAUUUGUUCAAUAUUUUACAGCACAUACCUUGAACUCUUGCUUAUAGACAGUGUAACUGCUUGUAAAUAAAGAUGUCACUCAGUAUAGACCAGGUUGUUUUUACCACACCUGGGAGUAAAUCUGAGAGAAAACCCUCUGUAAAUUUGAAAGGGGCCAUGCCCUGUAAUCAUGAGUGCAAUAGGAACUGUUGUAGUACUAAAAUUAUAGCAAUGACUUCAGGAAACACAGUGUGUUUUACUCAAAUUGCACACUUUUUUUGAACAGCUGUAAAAUAGAAUAUAUGUGUAAAUAUUGCCAUGACUGAAGAAAUAUUUGUAACUUUAGCAUAUAAAUGUAACAGGCUUUUUAGUGGAUAUGACACCAAGAGGCUGUUUAUCAAGCAUUCAGAUAAUUCCAAAAUUGCAAACAUUUGCUAUACAAAGGAAGUGUGUCAGCGCUUGCUUCUUACAUGUAAACAUAGACGUUGUCCCUUUUUAGAGAACCAGUGGCUUUUCCCCAAAAGGCCAGUGGCAGCUUGAGGGGUUAGCAGCUUGCUGCUUCAUGGAAUGGCUCCCUCCGUGUCUGGAAAUGACACUGCAGCCUACAGAUUGUCACCUCUCCAUCCACUCAGUCGCAUGGAGCGGGGACAGUUUCGCAGUGCAACCAUCAGUGACUCAUGUUCAACUGCAGCUUACUGGACACUGAUGAAGGGGGAACUGCUGCCCACCUGCAGAUAAUACCUCUAAGAAAGGAAAACAGAAGGAAGCACAGGCCAGGGUGGUGCACUUGGUGUUUCAAAAGACACUUGACACGAGCGAUUUCUUGCUACAGAUUGAAGCAAUAGUCACAUUGGUAUUAUCUCUAACAUAGUAGACCUCAUCUCUGCCACCCUUGCACAUCUCUGGGACAGUCAAAGCACUGUGCCAAGGCCAGCCUUCAGUGGACUGCUAUAUACAUGAUGAAAUGUGAAGCCAUUGUUUGCAGAUGUAUCUUAUGGUCAGUAACCUAGGGACCCAAAGGAUAACUGUUGUAGGCUGCCCAAGAUGCAGUGCCAGCACCUGCCUGGUGGAAGCAGCAAUCCACGCUGCAUGGAAUGUAUUUUUAAAAGAAAAAAAAAAUAAAUCUAUUUUUUGUAUUUGUAGACAUAUACUUGGGCUGGGGCAGCUUAGUUAGAAGACAAAGCAAGAAAUCUUUUCAUAAUCACAGACUCAUCCAAGUUAAAUAAAUUUUCCAGGUUAUAGUAUUGCUUGUUUCGCUAAAGCAAACUUUGUAUCCAAUGUAGCUAUCAAGCACUGUUUCACCAGAAUCUGUCAGCAUGCUCAGCAGAGGGAAGCCUGCUCUUUCCUCCCCAAGCUGCGCAUACAGUGGAUACAGAUGGUGCUCACCUUUUACUAGUUACAGUGCUCUUAGUCUGCAUGCCAAAUGUAAACACACUCUUUAUCUGCAUGUCUCUCCUGACUCAAACACUGUCAGCUCUACAGUAUAUAACCAAUAAAAAUCUCUUUUUAUA